AUGACCUCCACGCUGCGGAACAUCCGACUGGGGUUCGCACAGGAAGCCGCAGCGACCCGCGUUCAGCGGGCGAUGCGCGCGUUCCUGCUGAACAAGGGCACCAUCAUCAUCACGAUCCUCAUCACCAAGAUACAGGCCGCUGCGCGCGGCCUCAACACUCGCACUUCUCUGACCAAUUUCUUCAAGGCCUGCCCGCCUAGCGGGCGCACCGCCGACCUCUUCCUCAGCCGCGUCUAUGGCGGCCACGAGGGCGGGCGGCGGCGCGGCGGCGGCUACGUCGUCGAUUUCAUCUACUGUUUACGCUCCACAAAGCACGACCUCUGGCGGGCCAGCCAGUCACUUGAUGACACCUCGAUGGGCACCAAGAAGAAGGCAAAACAAGGCAAGAAGCGCUUCAAGGCCGCACAGGCGGCGGCGCAGAAGGCUGCGGCGGCGGCGGCCGCUGCAGAGGCGGCUGCUCAGGCGGCUGCUCAGGCCGCUCAGGCGGCCGCUCUCGGACGGUACAGAUUGGUCAACGCUUGGUUCUACCCCCGCGGCGACUGGUAUACCUUCUACUGGGAUGGCAGCUCGGCCGACAAAGACCCCGGCCCCCUCGCAGAGCGCAUCAAGUUCUCCAUUUUCGGCGCAGAGCGCAUCAGGCGCGACAAGCGCGAGUUCUCCGGCCGCUCCUCCGACGACUCCUCCUCCGACCGCGACUCAUGCGGCACCGGCUCCACUAGCGAGGCGAAUGACAUAUUCGACACCCUCGAAGACCAUCUCGGCUACGGUUCCGACUCCGGCUCCGGCUGGUAG